AUGCAGCACAUUGAAAUCCGCCAAAACACUCGCCGUGCAUCAACACCGUUGCCUGUCAAUAGGGUUCAUGUCAGUGGUCCACCGGCAGAAAAUGCUGCCUUGAAUCGAGAAGAGCUUCCGCUUCUUCCAACCAGCCUUUCAAGGAGGAAGCAGAAAAAGGUUCUGAGACAGGCCAGCCGCCAUCUCUCAAAGUGCGCACUCGAGUUCUGCAACAGGCAUCAGUUGCCCAACACCGUCAUUCAGGGCAUGGAGCCCCGGGAACGGCCUUUUGUUGCGCGAAACCUUGGGCGCAAGAGAGCUCCCGAUUGCGGAUGGGGUGAGUUUGUAUUUCUACUCAAAUUCCUCAUUGCAGAGCAGCAGGUCCCUCUCGAGGCAUUGGACAGUGAUUUGGCUGCUCAUUUUAGGGCGGUUCUGCACGCCUCUUUGGGAGUAGACGCCGUGCUCAGGCAUGCGGAGCCCCUGAGGGACGACCGAACCAUUCUCAAGAUCCUCUCUGCCGGCGUUCAAGUUGCCAAUAUGCUCAAUGAUGAGAAAGCCAUGGGCAAGCUUCGUCGUCUUUUGAUGAAGACGGAGCGCACGAUGAUUGAGGCCGGUGCUUAGAGGAUGUCGGGAAGUUGGACACAAGACGCAGUUAUGGUGAUUUAGGUGGAUGGGAUUGUUUGAGAGGAGUUUAUUGGGAUAUUUAUUUGGGUUUCAUGGAAGUAUAACAGCGGGAAGUAUGGAGUACGUGACUGAUUGUUGAUGAUUCUUGGAUGCGAGAGGGUAGACAAACAGGGGAUGGAGGUUUUUAUCUCUUCGCAUCCUAUUGGGCUGUUUGUGCGAAACAGCAGGUCCAUGUGAUUUUGUAGACUGUAGACUUUCAUUUGUCGUUAUAAUCUUUUAGACAAUUUUCCUUUUAAUAGAGAAUACACGUUGACUUUUGU